GCGGAGCCCGGGAGCGCGCGGGCGAGACCAUGGCGGGCAGCGGCGCGGGGGGCGGUGGUGUCGGGGAGACGAAGGUGAUUUACCACCUGGAUGAAGAAGAGACCCCGUACCUGGUGAAGAUCCCCGUCCCCGCCGAGCGCAUCACCCUAGGCGAUUUCAAGAGCGUCCUGCAGCGGCCCGCGGGCGCUAAGUACUUUUUCAAGUCUAUGGAUCAGGAUUUCGGGGUGGUGAAGGAGGAAAUUUCAGAUGACAACGCGCACCUCCCCUGCUUCAACGGAAGGGUGGUGUCCUGGCUGGUGUCAUCAGAUAACCCCCAACCAGAGAUGGCUCCUGCAGCCCACGAGCCUCGGACUGAGCUGGCGCCACCACCGCCACCGUUACCCCCUUUGCCACCAGAGAGGACCAGUGGUAUCGGGGAUUCCAGGCCUCCAUCCUUCCACCCUAACGUGUCCAGCAGCCGGGAAAACCUGGAUCCCGAGACGGAGACCGAGUCGGUGGUGUCUCUGCGGCGGGACCGGCCUCGCAGGAGAGACAGCAGUGAGCACGGCGCGGGGGCCCACAGGCCUGGCGGAGGUGGCCCCUCAAGGCUGGAGCGCCACUUGGCUGGCUACGAGAGCGCCUCGACGCUCAUGACCAGCGAGCUGGAGAGCACCAGCCUGGGCGACUCGGAAGAUGAGGACACCAUGAGCAGGUUCAGCAGCUCCACAGAGCAGAGCAGUGCGUCCCGCCUCCUGAAGCGCCACCGGCGGCGGCGGAAGCAGCGGCCACCCCGCCUGGAGAGGGCCUCGUCCUUCAGCAGUGUCACCGACUCCACCAUGUCCCUCAACAUCAUCACGGUCACGCUUAACAUGGAGAAGUACAACUUCCUGGGCAUCUCCAUCGUGGGCCAGAGCAACGAGCGGGGUGACGGGGGCAUCUACAUCGGCUCCAUCAUGAAGGGGGGCGCCGUGGCGGCUGACGGGCGCAUCGAGCCAGGCGACAUGCUGCUGCAGGUGAACGAUGUGAACUUCGAGAACAUGAGCAACGACGACGCGGUGCGGGUGCUGCGGGACAUCGUGCACAGGCCGGGCCCCAUCGUGCUGACCGUGGCCAAGUGCUGGGAUCCGUCUCCCCAGGCCUACUUCACCCUUCCUCGCAACGAGCCCAUCCAGCCCAUCGACCCCGCCGCCUGGGUGUCCCACUCUGCUGCGCUGACGGGCACCUUCCCGGCCUAUCCGGGCUCCUCAUCCAUGAGCACCAUGACGUCGGGGUCCUCUUUGCCUGACGGCUGUGAGGGGCGGGGUCUCUCCAUCCACACGGACAUGGCAUCUGUGACCAAGGCCAUGGCAGCUCCUGAGUCUGGACUGGAAGUUCGGGACCGCAUGUGGCUCAAGAUCACCAUCCCUAACGCCUUCCUAGGCUCGGACAUGGUUGACUGGCUUUACCAUCAUGUGGAAGGCUUCCCUGAGCGGCGGGAGGCCCGCAAAUACGCCAGUGGGCUGCUCAAGGCCGGCCUCAUCCGACACACCGUGAACAAGAUCACCUUCUCCGAGCAGUGCUACUACGUCUUCGGGGACCUCAGCGGCGGCUGUGAGAGCUACCUGGUCAAUCUGUCCCUGAAUGAUGACGGCUCCAGCGGGGCCUCGGACCAGGACACCUUGGCUCCUCUGCCCGGGGCGACCCCCUGGCCCCUGCUGCCCACCUUCCCCUACCAGUACCCGGCUCCGCACCCCUACAGCCCCCAGCCGCCACCCUACCACGAGCUCUCAUCCUACACCUACGGCGGGGGCAGCGCCAGCAGCCAGCACAGCGAGGGGAGCCGGAGCAGUGGGUCGACCCGGAGCGAUGGGGGGGCAGGGCGUACGGGGAGGCCCGAGGAGCGGGCCCCUGAGUCCAAGUCCGGCAGCGGCAGUGAGUCUGAGCCCUCCACCCGGGGGGCCGCCAGCCUUCGGCGGGGCGGGGACCCUGGUGGGGCUAGUGAUGGGGGCCCGCCCCCUUCCAGAGGCUCUUCGGGGGGUGCACCCAAUCUCCGGGCGCACCCUGGGCUCCAUCCGUAUGGCCCGCCCCCUGGCAUGGCCCUCCCCUAUAACCCCAUGAUGGUGGUCAUGGUGCCCCCGCCCCCACCCCCUGUGCCACCGGCCGUGCAGCCGCCUGGGGCCCCUCCGGUCAGAGACCUGGGCUCUGUGCCCCCAGAGCUGACUGCCAGCCGCCAGAGCUUCCACAUGGCUAUGGGCAACCCCAGCGAGUUCUUUGUGGACGUUAUGUAGCGCUCACCCCGGGGCCUGUCCGCUCAGUGCCCUGUCCCGUGACAGGGGUCUCAUCAGUCACGUGCCUGUCACUCCUCCGGCCGGCUCAGCCCAGCCCGUGGGCUGCUGGGAGUCGGUCGCCCCUGUGACUCUCACCAGUGGUGCCUGGUUCCUGCCCUUUCUCUCCGGGGGUGCACAAGGGACCUUUGGUUAUUUUUAGCUUUACUGUUUUUGUAAGCCUUUUCGGGGGGGGGGCAGUUGAAGUAGACUUCCGUAUGUUUUUUGGAUUAUUUUUUUAGUAGAUGUUUCUCUUUUUAUAUGAAGAAUCCCUGUCUCCCGGGCCUCUCCUAACCCCGAAAUGUGACCUCCUCCUCUGACCGUCCAGCUCUGUCCUGUGCAGGGUGGGGGUGGCCAGCGGUACCCUGGGAGGAGGAAGGCCUGGGCACCCUAGACAGCAGCGGAAGCUGGGGUGUUCGGUCUUGGGGGCCCGUGUAGCUGCUUUUGUUACUUUAUUUAUUUAGUCACUUGUAUAAAUCACCAAAUAAAGCAAUAGGGGCAAACUC